AGCUUCUUAACACACCUGAAAGAAUAUUGAACAAUGCCACACUUUUCAACGGAGUCUUUCAAAAUGUGGAAAGUGUUGCACUAUUUUUUGAUUGCCUGGGUUCUCACUUCACUUGGUUGCAGUCCAUCUUCACCAAUUUCCCUGCCCUUCUCAACUUUGUAAACAGAAUGAAGUGUGUUACUGGGUUUUGUCCCAGGGAUUUUGAAGACUAUGGUUGCUCUUGCCGGUUUGAGAUGGAAGGGCUCCCCGUGGAUGAAGCUGAUGAAUGCUGUUUCCAGCACCGCAGGUGCUAUGAGGAAGCAUUGGAGAUGGAGUGCACAUGGGACCCAUCAAAGAUUUCUACAGAUGUCAGCUGCUCUACUGAAAACCUGACCUGUGAAUCUGGGGAUCCCUGUGAACAGUUCCUCUGCACCUGUGACAAAGAUGCCAUUGAAUGCUUUGUGAAUGCACAUAUUAACUCUUCCUUGAAUGGACUGGAUGUCUCCUUCUGUCCAUCUCCAGUUACAGAAUUCCUUCAUCACAGGACUGAUGAAAUAUUGCAUCCAACUGCAUCCGGGGAAGAAGUGAUUUCUUUUGAGCCCAGUAAGUUGGUCUUGGCAACUUCCAAAGCCAGAGUUACCACAAGGGAUCACAGAGGUACAGCUCCUGCUCCCCCUGUCCUCUCAAUAAAAGAAGAAGAUGGAUUUAUGGAAGCUGCAGUCCCAGUGGAAGAGAUAACCACCUCCCCAGCCUCGUUCCCAGGAGAUAUUAACUCAAUGCAAGGGAAAAUUGUCCCCACCGAGAAGAUUCAUGCAGGCACAUCUGCUAGGACAAAAGAAAAAGAGACAAGCCCUGCAAGGGGUGGCCCAAGCAUAGCUUCCUCUGGAAUAGCCCUGGGACUGGGACUGUCUGACAGGGGACCCGAUGAACCUGCAGGAAAAGUGUGCGAGCGACUAACCUUUCUGCAAGAGAGAGGAAGUGGAAGAGUGAAGAGGGAGCUGCCCCAGCUUGGAGAAAUGCUGUUCUGUUUAACUGAACGCUGCCCAGAGGAAUUUGAGUCUUAUGGUUGCUACUGUGGCCAAGAGGGAAGAGGUCAUCCUAUUGAUGCACUAGACAGAUGCUGCUUCUCUCAUCACUGUUGUAUGGAACAAGUUAAGAAACUUGGAUGUCAUGCAGAAAGAAGUUCGAGAUCUGAAGUUCUAUGUUUUGAUCACGUGCCAAAAUGUAUUGGUUGGAGCAUAUGUGAGAAACUACUCUGUGCUUGUGAUAAAGCAGCAGCUGAGUGCAUGGCAUCUGCCUUCUUCAAUGAGAGCCUGAAGCUUCCACAUGGGCAGGAGUGCCGAGAGGAGAAAGUCUCAUGUCGAAGUGACCCUUAUGAAAGGCCUCCAACAGGCACAGGAGUAGGCACUGGGGUUUCCAGCUCUGAGGAGAGCAGUGAGGAGGAAGGUCCAGUGAGAAGUGUAUUAAGAAGAACAAAGAGAGGGACACACCGUCCUGUUGGGAACUCCAGAACUGUGGAACAUGAAGGCAGAUAA